CGGUGGCCACAGGCUUGCUUAAGGAAGCGCUGCCCCUGCUGCCGCCGCCACGGCCGCCGGGAGCUAGGAGUGAACCCCUGCGGGGGAGGAGGUUCCCCCUCGCGAUCGUGGGGACAGCCAGUCCUGUGAAACGAGGAGGCGGUUCCGGAGGCCCAGAAACGCCCAGGGAGAACUGGAGCCGGGGGAAGAGGGGACAUGAGCGGCCAGCUGAGUGCAGCCCCAGGCCGCUAGGGGCGGACCCAGCAGUCCCUCAGCUCUCCUCGGAACCAUGGAAUCUGAGAGAAUGGAGCCGAGUACCUGUAGGACCAGCGAAUCAGAGGAAGACUAUGUUGAGGAAAAGGAAUCUGAGAAAUGUGUUAAAGAGGAAGCUACCAUCCCCUCUAACUCUUCACAGCAGGCUCUCUUAAAAGCUGACUAUAAGGCAUUAAAAAAUGGGGUUCCCUCACCCAUUAUAGCCACAAAAAUUCCGAAGAAAGUCAUAGCCCCAGUUGACACAGGCGACUUAGAAGCUGGGAGGAGGAAGAGAAGGCGGAAACGCAGAUCCCUGGCCAUCAACCUGACCAACUGCAAGUAUGAGAGUGUGCGUCGGGCAGCCCAAAUGUGUGGCCUGAAGGAGGUGGGGGAGGAUGAAGAGUGGACUCUGUACUGGACAGACUGCUCUGUCUCGCUGGAACGAGUCAUGGACAUGAAGAGGUUUCAGAAAAUCAACCACUUCCCUGGCAUGACAGAAAUCUGCCGCAAAGAUCUGCUGGCUCGGAACCUCAACCGCAUGCACAAACUCUAUCCCUCUGAAUACAACAUCUUCCCCCGCACCUGGUGCCUCCCCGCAGACUAUGGGGACUUCCAGUCCUAUGGUCGUCAGCGAAAAGCCCGCACGUAUAUCUGCAAGCCAGACAGUGGCUGUCAGGGACGUGGCAUCUUCAUUACCCGAAAUCCCCGGGAGAUCAAGCCAGGAGAGCAUAUGAUCUGCCAGCAAUACAUCUCCAAGCCCUUCCUCAUUGAUGGCUUCAAAUUUGAUAUGCGAAUCUACGUCCUGAUCACAUCCUGUGACCCUCUCCGGAUCUUCAUGUAUGAGGAGGGCCUGGCCCGUUUUGCCACCACGCCCUAUGUGGAGCCCAGCCAUAACAACCUGGACAAUGUCUGCAUGCACCUGACCAACUAUGCUAUCAACAAACACAAUGAGAAUUUUGUCCGGGAUGGUGCUUUGGGCAGUAAGAGGAAGCUGUCGACACUCAACAUCUGGCUGCAAGAGCACAGCUACAACCCUGGAGAGCUGUGGGGGGACAUCGAGGACAUCAUCAUCAAAACCAUCAUCUCAGCCCAUUCUGUUCUACGCCACAACUACCGAACCUGUUUUCCCCAGUAUCUGAAUGGAGGUACAUGUGCCUGUUUUGAGAUCCUUGGUUUUGACAUCUUGCUGGACCACAAGUUGAAGCCCUGGCUGCUAGAGGUAAACCAUUCUCCAAGCUUUACCACUGACUCAGGCCUUGAUCAAGAGGUAAAGGAUGCACUUCUCUGUGAUGCUAUAACCCUUGUCAACCUCCGGGGCUGUGACAAAAGGAAGGUGAUGGAGGAGGAUAAGCGGCGAAUCAAGGAACGGCUUUUCCAGUGCUACCAACAGCCACGAGAAUCGAGGAAAGAAAAAACUGAGUCAUCCCAUGUGGCAAUGCUGGACCAGGAACGAUAUGAGGAUUCUCACCUGGGAAAAUACCGGCGGAUCUACCCUGGGCCUGACACAGAGAAGUAUGCCCGCUUCUUCAAGCACAAUGGCUCCCUCUUCCAGGAGACUGCUGCUUCCAAGGCCAGAGAGGAGUGUGCCAGGCAGCAACUGGAGGAGAUCCGCCUUAAGCAGGAACAGCAGGAGACCUUGGGCAGUAAGAGGCAAAAGGCCAAGGACCAGAACCAGGGUGAAUCAGCUGGGGAGAAAAGCCAACCCAGGGCAGGGCUCCGGAGCCAUUCCACUCGCUUGGCUUACAGGAACCACAGCUGGGAGAAAGAGCUGCUGCCAGGACAGCUGGACACCAUGAGGCCUCAACAAAUUGUGGAAGAGGAGGAGCUGGAGCGGAUGAAGGCCCUGCUACAAAGGGAGACUCUCAUCCGAAGCUUGGGUAUUGUAGAGCAGCUCACCCGUCUGCAGCACCCUGGCCCCCAGGGCCAGAAAAAACUUCAUGAGAGUCGGCCCAAGAACUUCACCUGGACAGGAGAGCCGGCAGCCAUCAACUCCUGUUCAUUGUCAAUGAAGAAGGCUGGGAGGCGCUAUUUUUCCAGUGCCAGAAUCAGGCUGACUAGCCAAGGACAAGCCAGCAGAAGGCUAGAAGCCAUAAACCGAGUCCUGGCAGGAUCAGUGCCACCCACUUUAACCCCAAAGCAGGGCUAUCUUCUGCAACCGGAAAGAGUGGCAUCUGACUCAUGGACUGAAUGCACCUUGCCCUCCAUGGUAAACUCUGAACACAGAACAGCCAAGGUUUCCCUCUGCCCUGCCUCUGCACCCGUGCUGCAGCGUUCCAGAGCACUCCUCAACAUCAAUCAGUUCAGGUGCGGCCCGGGGCUGGAGGUCAUCCAGGAGACAAAGAGCCCCUUUCCCAGAGGAGCCGAGUGCCCAAGGCACUGGGCUGUCGCCGUCAGAAGACUGCCGAGCGGAAGCCCUGCCCACCAAGGUGGCGGAGACAGGCAGGCCUGGGGAGCCGCUGGGGCGGAGGGACGGCUCUUGGAAACUGAAUCCGUACUUUAAUUAAAAUUUAUACAGUUUUC